GUGCCAGGAGGUGGCACGGCGGCGGGCUCAGGUGAGAGCCCCUCUGGCCGGUCUGGUGGCAUUCCGUGCUGGAGCCCUUUGGGGGUGACACCUGGAUUCGCCCCGUGCCUGGGUGCAUCCCCGUGAGAACUAGCUCGGGACCAGGAGAAGACCCCAGAUUUGGGGUGACAGCGAGGGCAGCAAGCGGCAAAAUGGAAUCCUUCUCCUUCAAUGGGGAUUUAUCCAGCUUCUUCUCCUUCUACAACUACACCUAUGACUACAGCACGGCCAUGCCCGACACUGCUAUCUCCUCUGCCCCGUGCCGGCCUGAGACCUCUGUUCUCAACAAGUACCUGGUGGUGGUGAUCUACUGCCUUGUCUUCAUCCUCAGUGUGGUGGGGAAUGGGCUGGUGGUGCUGGUGGUGAACUCCAGCCACACCAGCCGCUCCGUCACUGACAUCUACUUGCUCAACCUGGCUGUGGCAGACCUGCUCUUUGCCUUCAGCCUGCCACUCUGGGCUGCCUAUCGAGCCCAUGAGUGGGUCUUUGGCACCGUGAUGUGCAAAGCCAUCUCCGUGCUGCAGGAGGCCAACUUCUACAGCGGCAUCCUGCUGCUGGCCUGCAUUAGCGUGGACCGCUAUCUGGCCAUUGUCUAUGCCACCCGGGCUGCCACCGAGAAGAGGCACUGGGUUAAGUUUGUCUGCUUGGGCAUCUGGAUCUUCUCCAUGCUGCUUUCCCUGCCUGUGCUGCUCUUCCGUGAGGCUUUCCCUUCUCCCAGCAACGGCACUGUGUGUUAUGAGCGCAUUGGCAACGAGGACACAAACAAGUGGCGGGUGGUGCUGCGGGUCCUGCCACAGACCUUCGGCUUCGCCCUGCCCCUCCUGGUGAUGCUCUUCUGCUAUGGUGUCACCAUCCACACCCUCCUGCAGACCAAGAAUGCCCAGAAGCAGCGGGCCAUGAAGGUCAUCUUUGCCGUGGUGCUGGUCUUCCUCAUCUGCUGGCUGCCUUACAACAUCACGCUGGUGAGCGACACCCUCAUGAGGACACGGGCCAUCACCGAGACCUGUGAGAGGAGGAACCGCAUCGACACAGCCCUCUCCGUCACGCAGGUCCUGGGCUUCGCCCACAGCUGUAUUAACCCCAUUAUCUACGCCUUUAUCGGGCAGAAGUUUCGCAACAGCUUCCUCAAGAUCUUGGCACAGCGUGGGCUCAUCAGCAAGGACGCUGUGGCCCGCUACGGCCGCACCUCAUAUGCUUCCACCUCUGGCAACACCUCCACCACCCUCUGAGCGCUGCUGGGACCCGACCCUCGCGACUCCCAGCAGGUCCCAGCACCUCACACCCACCAGCAUUCUCUACCAGGCCCCUAGGAUGCAGGUGGCAAUGCCUUGGGGAUGGGCAGGGCCACCGCUGGAUGCUGGACCCCGGCUGGAAGGGGGCUUUGGCAGUGAGGCAGUAGGACCCCCUUGCCAGGGGAGUGAUGCCGAGCACUGCCCACUGUCCCCGCUCUUUGGGGCAGAGCCUGUGACUUCUGGGGCUCUGCUCCCCUGCUGUGGGGAUGGUGUUUGUGGCCGAUGGCCAUCCAGCAAUAAAGGAGUUGGCGGGUUGGUUA